GAACGCUCAUGUGCUUUAAGCCAAAAGAAAAUAUAAAAAUAUAAGAAAAAUAAAGAAAAUAUAAGGGGAAAAAAAAAAAAAAGUGCUAUAAAAUCUCAUAUCUGAUUCUCCGAUGCUCUGAGACUGGUUGUAUCCUUGAUUGCUGGAACAAUAGCUCGAAUCGGGUUCGUCUCCAUCGUCUAUAUCCCUGAUUAUGAACCUUAAAAUUUUCCUACUUGUGUUGGGGAUCUUCUAAUAUAUUAAUAGCCGCACCUGAAAAAUGGCGUCAAUGGUUGCAAAGGCCAGUAGUAGUUGUAGCACUCAAAUGUCUCCUUCUAUGACUGUUCAAGAAAAGGGUAGUAGGAAUAAGAGAAAAUUCCGAGCUGAUCCACCUUUAGGUGACCCCAAUAAGAUUGUGUCAUUACCUCAAAUUGAAUGCUCAAGUUAUGAAUUUUCAGCUGAGAAAUUUGAGAUCACUGCAUCUGCUCAUGGACAAUCUGGUGUCUGUGAUAUGUGUAGUGUUAAUUUAGACCAUUCUGAUAGUUUGAAACUUGACCUGGGAUUGUCUAGUGCAGUAGCUUCAUCUGAGGUUGGACCUAGCCGGCAUAGAGAGGAAUUAGAGGCAGAUGAAUUCCAAGAUGCUGAUUGGAGUGAUCUUACAGAAAGUCAGCUCGAAGAGCUUGUUUUAAGUAAUUUGGACACCAUAUUUAAGAGUGCAAUAAAAAAAAUUGUAGCUUGUGGUUAUACUGAAGAGGCUGCUACAAAGGCAGUUUUGAGGUCUGGCCUUUGUUAUGGGUGUAAAGACACAGUCUCGAAUAUAGUGGAUAAUACUUUAGCAUUUCUUAGAAGUGGCUUAGAGAUCGAUCCUUCAAGGGAGCACUAUUUUGAAGAUCUCCAGCAGCUGGAGAAGUAUAUAUUGGCGGAAUUAGUUUGUGUUCUUCGAGAGGUUAGACCUUUCUUUAGCACUGGUGAUGCAAUGUGGUGCUUGUUAAUUUGUGACAUGAAUGUUUCUCACGCUUGUGCAAUGGAUGGUGAUCCCUUGAGUACUUUUGUCAAUGAUGGCUCUUCAAAUGGGAGUUCCUCCAAUGUAACCCAAUCCCAGCCUAAAGUGGAAGCCAAAAGUUCAGAAUUAAAUCUUCCAAAUCCUUGUAAACCAGUUCCUUCAGUUCCUUGUUCUCAUAGUUCUCAACCUGAGGCACCUAGCAUUGCUGGAGUACCCAACAUAACAAAACCAAAAACUUCUCUUGGUCUAGGUGGCCCUGUCUCAGAGAAGGAAGGUAUAAAUUCCACAUCUGAUGCUAUGGAAAAAUCUUUUAGUGCUGCUGGAACAUCUCAAUCUUCUGCACCGGAAGAAAAGUUUGCGGGAAGUAGAAAGGUCCACUCUGUAAGUACCAAGAGAGAACACAUGCUUCGACAAAAGUCACUUCAUUUAGAAAAAAACUAUCGAACUUAUGGUUCUAAAGGGUCUUCAAGAUCAGGAAAGCUUGGUGGUUUGGGUGGCUUAAUCUUGGAUAAGAAGCUAAAAUCAGUAUCAGAUUCUACUGCUGUAAAUUUAAAAAAUGCUUCCUUAAAGAUAAGUAAGGCUAUGGGAGUUGACGUACCACAGGAGAAUGGGAACCAUAAUCUUCCUGCCAAUGCUGGACCUUCUUCCCCUGUGUCAUUCAACCUGGAAACUGAGAAUAGCAUUUCUGAUGUGCCUAAGAUUGAUCUUCAGACCACAUUACCCACAUUCAAUACUGCAGCAGCAGCACCCUCGACCAAUGCUGUUGCAGCAUUGCCUGCAGCCAAUAAUUUAGCAGCUUUACCUGCGGGCAGUACCUCUCCUCCUGCAUUAUCAGCUGCUGAUACUGAGCUUUCUCUUUCAUUGUCUACGAAGAAUAGUUCUACUCAAGUGCCCAUCAGCUAUGCUGCUGAGGCACCUAAUUGUAGUUAUGCUGGGAUACCGUAUGAUAAGUCUCUGGGACGGUGGAUCCCUAGGGACAAGAAGGAAGAAAUGAUUCUGAAGCUAGUUCCAAGGGUGCGGGAAUUGCAAAAUCAGCUACAAGAAUGGACAGAGUGGGCCAAUCAGAAGGUUAUGCAGGCUGCCCGUAGGUUGGGUAAGGACAAGGCUGAACUAAAAACACUGAGGCUAGAGAAAGAAGAAGUUGAACGGCUGAAAAAGGAGAAGCAAACUCUGGAGGAGAACACCAUGAAGAAACUUUCUGAGAUGGAGAAUGCUUUAUGCAAAGCUAGUGGGCAGGUUGAACGAGCUAAUUCUGCUGUCCGGAGGCUUGAGGUAGAGAAUGCGUCGCUGAGGCAGGAGAUGGAGGCUGCUAAACUACGAGCUGCAGAAUCUGCUGCAAGCUGUCAGGAGGUGUCAAAGAGAGAGAAGAAGACACUAAUGAAAUUUCAAUCAUGGGAAAAGCAAAAAACCUUGUUCCAGGAAGAACUCAUGACUGAAAAACGCAAAUUGACACAUCUUCUGCAGGAAGUAGAGCAAGCCAAGGAUCUUCAAGAGCAGUUUGAGGCUAGAUGGCAACAAGAGGUGAAAGCAAAGGAAGAAGUACUUAUGCAGACUAGUUCAAUAAGAAAAGAAAGAGAACAAAUUGAAGCUUCGACAAAAUCGAAGGAGGACACGAUUAAAUUAAAAGCAGAAAAUAAUCUGCAGAGGUACAAAGAUGAUAUUCAGAAACUUGAAAAAGAAAUCUCCCAAUUGAGAUUGAAGACCGAUUCGUCAAAGAUUGCAGCACUUCGAAGAGGCAUCGAUGGAAGCUAUGCCAGCAAACUAACAGAUGUUAGAAAUGGCCAGGAUCACAGGCAGUCAAGGACCGCAUAUACCUCUGAAGUGCUGACAGUUUUUCGUGAUUACUCAGAUGCAGGAGGUGUAAAACGUGACCGGGAGUGUGUAAUGUGCCUUUCGGAGGAGAUGGCAGUGGUUUUCCUGCCAUGUGCACACCAGGUGGUUUGCACAACAUGCAAUGAACUCCAUGAAAAACAAGGCAUGAAAGAUUGUCCUUCCUGUAGGAGUCCCAUACAACGGCGUAUCUCUGUACGUUAUGCUCGCCCUUGAUUUAUUUAUUUUUUAAUCUGGAGUUGAGUUGAGUGUUUUUUGAAUAAAGAAUUGUGGGACUCCUAUGGACUGAAUAAUGCAUUUGAAUUACUCCUGAAGAGUUUCAGACAAUUAAAAGUUGCCUUGCAUUUCAACAUUGAGGUUUCCAUAAUAUUGUGCUUUUGUGUUCUUAAGGUGUUUGGUUAUUCUGUCAAAAAAAGGAUACUUCUGAUAAAGUCAUUUUUGUGCAAACUUGAUUGCAGUAAGCCAUAUGUACCCUUUGAAUCCAAACCAUGGGCGUUGCACUGAGUGGAAAUUGGAAAUGGUUUGAAUAUUUUGUAGAAGUUUGUUUAUAGCAAUUAUAUAUUCGAAUAAUUAUAAUAAAAAAUUUGAUAUAGCUUAUAUAGAUUUUUUUUCUACAGGUUUUUGAAUAUAAAUGCUACCUUAAACCUGAAUCUCUAUCAUAUAUAUGAAUAAAUAGCAACUAUAAUAUUAAUUU